AUGACAGAACUCGGUUGUAAACAAUAUUUUCUGCAUGUACCAGGGCUAUGCUGUGCCAGCCUCAAAGACAACAAAGUCUUGAUGAAGAUGGGGCUGGCCCUGGUUCUGGUGGGCCAUGUCAACUUCCUUCUGGGCGCACUGGUGCAGGGGGUCGUGCUCAGACACAUCAGUGUGGAAGACAGGAUCGGGACUCUGGUGUACGCCAUUUCUAACGUCGUUGCCAUCGUGGCAGGCUUGAUGGGAAUUAUUAGUGGAAUAACAGCGAUCGUUCUGUCUAAAAACAAGAAAAUCAGGGUCCUGAAGCUGGUUCUGGUGGUCUUCAGCUUCCUGACAGGUCUCUUGGGACUCGCCUCAGCCACAGGCUUGACAGUGUCUGCCAUCAGGACUAUGAUCUAUAAAGGAACAAAAAUUCUAGAAACGCACUGCAAAACUACUACUAGUGACGCCGAUUCGUCGAGCAUCACAUACGAAUGUCCUUUUGAUCCAACUCGUCUUUAUGCGACCAUAGUCAUUUUGUGGGUGCCUCUCGUCAUGAUGUCCGUCGUGGAAUCGGUGUUCGCCUUUCGCUGUUUUGCAGCCUGCAUUUCCUUCCUUCGCAGGAAGAUGAUCAGUUCUAGGGUGCGUGGAAAGAAAAGAGAUGAAAGCUCGGCUCCAGCUGAAGAGACGGGAGCUGAGGACGAGCCCGCUGAGCAGGACGACCUGCUGGGCGGCAACACUGCAGCUGAACGAAAUGCCUGGGUCUAA